CAGCCGCCACAUUUUCGGGGCAGACAGAGAGUACAGCAGGAAGUGCUCAGAGGUGGAACCUCGGGGCCAACUCAUCCCUUUUGGGGCCCCCUUUGGAGGGUAGAUGUGGAUUGCUAGUCCCCACGCCCUGUACUUGCCCUAGUUUGUGCGAUGGGAUUGUGACAGUUGACCCUCCAGGGGGUUCCCAAGCAUCCUCACUCUGUGGACCAUGGGUGACGACCGAGUCCCGGACGCCCCUCAAACUGUGGAAUUGAUAGACUUUUGUUUGGGCGAAGACCCGCAGCCCCACUCAGGAGAAUGCUCUCUGGACCCUCCCAAACCUUCCGAGAACCACACCACUCCAGCCUUGGACCUUCCUGAAGCCACCAGGCACCAUGCACCUCCCUGCAGCUCCGAGGACAUGGAGCCCACCCGCCUGGGGAGCUGCUCCUCCCAGGGUGAGCCCAGAUCAAUGGCUGCAGCAUCCCCAGGACUGCCUGGGAACAGUGACCAUCCUCUAGGCAGCCCUCCGCACAACCAGAGCUCGUCCACACAAGUGGUGUUCUGGGCAGGCAUCCUGCAGGCCCAGAUGUGCGUCCUGGACCUGGAGGAGGAGUUGGAAAAGACAGAAGGGCUCAGGGCUGAACUGAAGUGCUGCCUGCCUACAGCCACUGCAGAGUUCUCAGGGGCCACGGACCUGCACCCCAGUCCUGCCAUCCAGGAGGACUCAGGAGAAGACAGCAGUGAACCAGAGCAGGAUGAUAAACAGGCAUGGCCAAAGGCAGGAACCUCAGACGCUUCCCCCGAGUGGGGUGAGGAAGAGGAGAGCUUGUUCUUUGAUAACCCCCUGUUCCUGGAGAGCCCUGACUCGGAGACCGGUGCUUCCAGAGAGGGCUUCUCCUGGGAGUUCCCAGCCACUGAUGCCACAGCCCCUGUGGAUGAAAACGCUGAGCCCAAGGGCCUGGGGGCCCUCGGAGCCCUGGAGUUGCCCCCUGCAGGAGGGACAGCGGCUUGGGAGCUGGGGAGUGAGCUGGACUUGGAGGAUGACCCCACUGAUUGCAGUGGGCACCGCACGCCUCCAUUCCCUGUGCCCACCUAUAAGCUGCACACCUGUUACUCCUUGGAGGCCUCCGCCCAGGGAGACAUCCCUGCAGUGCCUUCUGGCUGGGAGGAAGAUCAGACUUCUCUCAGGAACAGACUGGGCCCUGACUCCCCAGCAGCACCCAGUGUGGAUGAAGGAUUGUCUUGGGAGCCAGCAAGCUUCGCAUCCGACCUCAGCCCUGCCUCACAUCCUGUGCAACCUUGGCUCUCUCAACAGGAUCCACCCAGGCCUGAGACCAGGCAGACAGAAGAGAGUCCCCCCCAGCCCCAGGUGCCGAUUUUUCAGGAACCAGGUGACAUGGAAGUUGGAAGCCCACAGCCGGCUGCUCCCUGCCCCACAUCCCCCAGCGCCUCGGGGAGCCGAGCCUCUUCGCCACAGCCCAGCAGCUGUGGGUCUGAGAGCAGCAGAAGCCCCGCUCCCAGGCCUGGCACCAUGUCCUCCCCAGAGGGCAGCCCACAGCGCCAGCGCUGUAGCUCAGAUCCUGUGCCCAAGUGUACACCAGAUACCACACGCGCUUUGCUCGUGGACACCACGAAGCUGGCAGAACCAGGUUUUCCUGAGAGAGUGGAGCCAGGGGAGGUCCGGGACCCGGAGGAGGAAGUGAAGAGCGAAGACACAGUUAGGACUGCAGAGGCUGGAGGUGGUGCCCUACCCAGCCAGCACUUGACCUCUGUUGAAAGGCCUACAAAGAGCCCCAAGUCCCAAGCACAGUCCCCGGAGGAAGGCCGGGGGCCGCUGGCUGGAGACAAACUGGCCAAUGGUGUCACGACCGACAAGGUGGCCUCCAACUUGGCCUCCCGUCUUUACCACCUGGAGGGCUUCCGGAAGUCGGAAGUGGCUGCGUACCUGCAGAAGAACAAUGACUUCAGCAGGGCCGUGGCUGAGGCGUACUUGAACUUCUUCCAGUUUGGAGGCCAGAGCCUGGACCGUGCCCUUCGGGGCUUCCUCCAGGCGCUGGUGCUGAGUGGGGAGACCCAGGAGCGGGAGAGAGUCCUCUACCAGUUCUCCAAACGCUUCCAUUACUGCAAUCCCAGCCUCUUCCCCUCAGCAGAUUCCGUACACACCUUGACCUGUGCAAUCAUGCUCCUAAACACAGACCUGCAUGGACAGAACAUCGGCAAGAGCAUGAGCUGCCAGGAAUUCAUAACCAACUUGCAUGGCCUGCGAGAUGGUGGCAACUUCCCAAAGGAGCUGCUGAAGGCCCUCUACUGGUCUAUCCGAAGUGAGAAGCUUGAGUGGGCCGUGGAUGAAGAGGACUCAGCCAGACCUGAGAAGGUGCAGCCAUCUCCCCCAGCUGGCAAGAUGGGCAACCCCUUCCUCCAGCUGACCCAGGACCCCAUGGUGCCUACCUACAAGCAGGGCAUCCUGGCACGCAAGAUGCAUCAUGAUGCAGAUGGCAAGAAGACACCUUGGGGCAAGCGCGGCUGGAAGAUGUUCCACACAUUACUACGAGGGAUGGUUCUCUACUUCCUGAAGGGAGACAGCCAGUGCCUGGAUGGGGACAGCCUACUGGAGCAGAUGGUGGAUGAGCCCGUGGGGGUGCACCACUCGCUGGCCACUCCGGCCACCCAUUACACCAAGAAGCCGCACGUCUUCCAGCUGCGCACAGCAGACUGGCGCCUCUACCUCUUCCAGGCACCCACGGCCAAGGAGAUGAGUUCCUGGAUCGCACGCAUCAACCUGGCCGCCGCCACGCACUCAGCACCGCCCUUCCCCGCCGCGGUGGGCUCCCAGCGCCGGUUCGUGCGGCCCAUCCUGCCCAUGGGCCCAGCCCAGAGCUCCCUGGAGGAGCAGCAUCGAUCCCACGAGAACUGCCUGGACGCCGCCUCCGACGACCUGCUGGACCUGCAAAGGAAGCUGCCCGAACGGCGGGGACGCGGCCGCGAGCUGGAGGAGCACCGCAUGCGGAAGGAGUACCUGGAGCACGAGAAAACCCGCUACGAGACGUAUGUGCAGCUGCUGGUGGCCCGGCUGCGAUGCCCAGAGGGAGACCUGGCCCUGUGGGAGGAGCAGCUGGGGAAGGAAGCCGCUGGUGCACGGGAACCCAAGCCCAGCCUGAAGAAGUCCCACUCCAGCCCGUCCCUGCACCAAGAGGAGGCCCCCACCACAGCCAAGGUGAAGCGCAAUAUCUCUGAGCGUAGAACCUACCGGAAGAUCAUCCCCAAACGGAACCGCAACCAGCUGUGAAGCCGUUGGGGCGGAGCCUGAUGCCCGUGAACUGCCCGGGUGCUGCCAGCCCCGCCCUGUCUCCUGGCUGCUCCCAAGGCAGAGGGAAGUCGAAGACUUGGCUCCAUCCUGGGACAAUCAUCCUUGCACCCCCAGAAUCCAGAGUGGCCUUAUUUCAUGGGCACCCCAGGGUGGGGGACCAGCCCUGUGGUAGGAACUGUUGGGACAGCUGCCUUUCACGGCCGCCCAUGGCCCUGAUGCCACAUCUGGGUGGAGCAUGUGUACCAACCCAGUGUGAGCCAGAAUCCACCAGUUAUGGAGGCAUGCACAGGGAGUAGCUGUUCCUGCCCCACAGAUCCAGUUGCUGCUAGCUAGCAGAGCAGAACCCAGCCCAGGGGCUGGGGCCUCUGCCUGGGAUGCAGUGCCUUUGUCUCCCAGAUCAAAGAGGUGUUUCCCUGGGUGCAGAGCCCUGAGCCUGCAUGAUGACCAUUGCUUUGAGGGGCAGGGGAGCACCAGCCUUGGAGGGAUGUGUGGGAUGGAAAGCAGGCAAGAGCUAGACAAGUACGCUGUGUGAGACCCCCCCAACAUGCACCCCUGCCCUUAAGGCUGCAUUCCUGCCAUGGGUGGGCUCCAAGGACUUUGGCAGCCCUGCGCUGGGCAGUCCCCUGCUCCUGCCCUCUGGCUGCCUCCCAGCUGGACCUGUUCUCUAAGGGGAGUGUGUGUGUGUGUGUGUGUGUGUGUGUGUGUGUGGUGGGGGGAGGUUCCGGGGACUUGGGCUUGUGGGAAGGAGGCUGGGCUGCAGGGAGCAGCCUCUAUUGUGUCUGUUCAGUCAAGUGUGUCCUGGAGAGGGGGCUGCUGGCCAAGAGGAGCCUCCACGGUGGCUGCUGCCCCAUGACACACGGCCUCCCUCAGCCUUCCUCCUGGGCCACCCUCUUACUCCUAGCCAUCCACCCCCGUAAUGUUUAGAACCAGCCCCGGGGCCUGCGACUGCACUGUCUACCCCACGACUGCACAGUACACAGAAGCCAUGAGGAAGGAUGUGUGUGUAUGAGGCAGGCAGAGGGAGCAGCCUGUAGGUCUCUUUGCCCCCUGUGUCCUUGUAUAUGUGAAAACACGAGGCACACAGUGAUGGCCUGUCCAAGCUAGACGGGACCUCAGGAUCACUUCCUCAUGAGCCACUGGUGGCUUCCACAAGAAUGUCAGAGCCCUGGUUAUGGACCAGAUCUGAGGAGUUGUGUGUGAGGACGAUCCUGCCUGUUGCUUCCCCGUGACUUGCCUUGUCUGGGGUACACACUGCAAAGGCAUGUCAUGCGGCCAGCCUGUGCAGAGGAGGACAGAUGUGUGCAAGGCUCCUGGAGCAGCCGAUAGGUCACAAUAGUUAGGAGCCACUGUGGGAUGGAGCCAGUAGUCUCACUUGAUACAGCUGGAUAGAUGUGAGCUGAGGCUAAUGAGGUCAGAUGGCCUGGACCAGGUCCCAGAACCUCCCUGGACAUGUGUUAUUUUUAUUUAUUUAUUUGAGAAGGAACUCCUCCCAUCUGCUGGUUCACUGCCCCUCAAUGCCCUAUGGUGGUGAGGGCUGAGCCAGACCAGAGCUGGGGAGCUCAGUCCUCCAUCCAGGUCUCCAAAGUGGGUGACAGGAACCCGACCACUUGAGCCAUCACCUGCUACCUCCCAGGGUGCACAUUUACAGGAAUCCAGCAUCAGGAAUCGAACCUGAGCUCUCAAAUGUGGGAGAUGGGCAGCCUAACCAGUACCUUAACUGCUGGGCCAAACACCUAAAACCAGAAUAAAAUGUGGAGGUCUGUCUGUA